ACGGUUCACGGCUGAUUGAGUCGGCCACUGCCCACGCCACCCAAAAACUCAUGGCCAGCGCUGUCUGCGGCGUCACCGCGCGCGCCCACCUGCCUUCCGCCGUCCCUGCAGCCGCAAGAAAGCUCUUCUUCCGCUGCAGGGCCGCGUCCACCAUGAACGAGGCAUCGGCGAGCUCGCCGGACGCCGAGGAGAAGAAGACGACGACUGUCUUCGUGGCCGGCUCGACGGGGCGCACCGGCAAGCUCGUUGUGGAGAAGCUGCUGGCCAAGGGAUUCGGCGUCGUCGCCGGUACGACGGACGUGAGCAGGGCCCGCGGCAGCCUGCCCCAGGACCCCAACCUUCAGCUCGUCAGGGCUGACGUUACGGAGGGCGUCGACAAGCUGGUGGAGGCCGUGCGCGGCGUCGAUGCUGUCGUCUGCGCGACGGGAUUCCGGCGGUCCUUUGACCCUUUUGCUCCGUGGAAGGUAGACAACUUUGGCACAGUGAACCUGGUUGAAGCAUGCAGAAAGGCUGGCGUAGCAAGAUUCGUACUCGUCAGCUCCAUUUUAGUAAAUGGGGCCGCCAUGGGUCAACUUCUGAAUCCAGCCUACAUUGUGCUCAAUCUACUUGGCUUAACACUGGUCGCAAAGCUACAGGCAGAGAAUCACAUCAGGAAAUCAGGAAUAGAUUACACUAUCGUAAGGCCUGGAGGGCUGACAGAUCAACCCCCAACAGGGAAUAUAGUCAUGGAACCUGAGGACACUCUUUAUUCGGGAUCCAUAUCUCGGAGCCAGGUUGCUGAAGUAGCGGUUGAAGCACUGGUGUGUCCAGAGUCUUCCUACAAAGUUGUUGAGAUUAUCGCCCGUACUGAUGCUCCAAAUCGCUCUCUGAAGGAUAUGUACGCUGCAAUUAAGCAAAAUUGACUGCUCUAUUUUUUUGACAGGAUGGUUAGUUUGUUAUACAACCAUGAAUCAAUGAAGAACACUUAUAGUCUAUGUAUUUGGCAUUCGACAGUAUAUUUUUGACUCGCGAAAAUCUCCUGAAGCCUUCAGUCUAGGCCGGCUAGUUCACCUCUAAAACCGGUCA